AUUCUUGACAGUUCGGCUCAUCCUUCUACUCUUGAGACCGAGCAAGUGGUCCUUUCAGAUGAUGCCCCCCAACUCGCUGAGACCCAAGUCAUUCGUGACACUUUGAUUCUUCCACCCGUUCCUACUCCUGAGGUGGCUCCUGCUGACUCUACUAUCUCUUCUUCUCCUUAG